GGCCGGAGCUGCAGCGGCGGCGGCAGCAUCAUGGCCCCGACCCUACUCCAGAAGCUCUUCAACAAAAGGGGCAGCGGCGGCAGCACAGCGUCGGCGUCCGCCCAGGGCAGGGCUCCCAAGGAAGGACCCGCCUUUAGUUGGUCAUGUUCAGAGUUUGACUUGAGUGACAUUCGCCUGAUAGUUUACCAGGACUGUGAGAGGAGAGGCAGACAAGUGUUGUUUGAUUCUAAAGCUGUUCAAAAGAUUGAAGAGAUGGCAACUAAGAAAACAGAGGAUGUCCCUGUGAAAACGUCAGCCAAGUGCUGCCAAGGAAGUAGCAGCAGCGGAAGUAGCAGCAGCAGCAGCAGCAGCAGCAGCAUCUCUUCCCAUAGUUCUUCUGGAGGAUCUUUACAACACACCAAGGAGCAGCUUUCAAAGUACCAGUACACAAGACCAGCUUCCGAUGUCAACAUGCUAGGGGAAAUGAUGUUUGGCUCAGUCGCAAUGAGUUAUAAAGGCUCCACCUUAAAGAUACACUAUAUACGUUCUCCUCCACAACUGAUGAUUAGUAAAGUUUUCUCUGCUAGAGUGGGCAGCUUCUGUGGAAGAACAAAUAACUUGCAAGACAGCUUUGAGUACAUCAACCAAGAUCCUCAUGCAGGAAAACCGAACACGAAUCAGCAUAGUUUGGGUCCUGGUCGUGCCGGAAGUAACCUAGCACACAGCACCCCAGUUGAUAUGCCAAGCAGAGGACAGAAUGAAGACAGGGACAGUGGCAUUGCUCGAUCAGCCUCACUAAGCAGCCUUUUGAUCACGCCUUUCCCAUCUCCAAGCUCCUCUACAUCUUCUUCCAGCAGUUAUCAGCGCCGUUGGCUUCGAAGUCAGACGACAAGUUUAGAGAAUGGCAUCUUUCCAAGGAGGUCCACUGAUGAGACAUUUAGCUUGGCUGAAGAAACCUGUAGUUCUAAUCCAGCCAUAGUUAGGAGGAAGAAAAUUGCCAUAAGCAUCAUCUUUUCCCUGUGUGAGAAAGAAGAAGCGCAACGGAAUUUCCAGGACUUCUUUUUUUCUCAUUUCCCCCUCUCUGAAUCUCACAUGAACAGGCUAAAGGGUGCAAUUGAAAAGGCCAUGAUCUCCUGUAGAAAGAUUGCAGAAUCAAGCCUCCGUGUCCAGUUUUACAUCAGCCGUCUGAUGGAAGCUCUGGGAGAAUUCAGAGGGACUAUCUGGAAUUUACAUUCUGUUCUAAGGAUAGCUGAACCAGUAUGGCUUACUAUGAUGUCAAACACUUUGGAAAAAACCCAGCUCUGCCAGCGCUUUCUCAAGGAGUUUACACUUCUGAUAGAACAAAUCAACAAAAAUCAGUUUUUUGCUGCCUUACUGACUGCAGUGUUAACCUACCACCUGGCUUGGGUACCAACUGUCAUGCCUGUUGAUCACCCUCCCAUUAAGGCCUUCUCAGAGAAAUGUACCUCUCAAUCAGUGAACAUGCUGGCCAAAACACAUGCGUACAAUCCUCUCUGGGCACAGCUGGGUGACCUUUAUGGAGCUAUAGGCUCUCCAGUAAGACUGACUCGCACUGUGGUGGUAGGGAAGCAGAAGGAUUUGGUCCAGCGCAUUCUUUAUGCCCUGACCUACUUUCUCCGUUGCUCUGAGCUGCAAGAGAACCAGCUGACCUGGAGUGGGAAUCACAGUGAAGGUGACCAAGUUAUAAAUGGGAGCAAGAUUGUAACAGCCUUGGAGAAAGGAGAGGUGGAGGAGUCCGAGUAUGUGGUAGUGACAGUGAGAAAUGAGCCUGCUCUGGUACCCCCCAUCCUACCAACAGCAAUGAUUGAGAGAAGGAGCCCUGGGCCCACAGGGUUAGCUGGGACUCCAGAGGGCACUGACAUUAGAGACCUGGAUCCCAGACCUGACAAAGAAGGAAAGAAGAGGCCAGACCAGGGAUCUGAGGCUCAUAGCAUGGGGUUCCAAGAGCCAGAAUUAGACAGUUCUUGGAAACCUCAUCCCCUUUGUGGGGAUGAAGGAAGUGAAAAAGAGGCACCAUAUGAUGUCCCUUCGAGGUUUCCCAGGUGUGCCAUUCCAGGGGCAGAAAAGAAGAUCAGCCGGCCAGCUGCCAACGAGGAGCUGAAAGAGGAGAUAACUAAGAAGCGGCCUUGCCCUUGUCCUGACAGACAUUCCCGAGAGAACUCUCCAGUAGAAAAGGUCACUUUCCAAAUUGGAAGCUCCCUAUCUCCAGAGUCUGACUUUGAAAGCCGCACCAAAAAAAUGGAGGAGCGGCUGAAGGCCUGUGGACAAUACCCAGAAGUGGCCAGUAUCUCAGCCGAGUCCAGUUUGGCUGCUGACGUGGCUGAGAGCCAGCAGGUUUCUAGGUGCUCCUUCAAGCCUGGCUUUCAAAAGAAUGUCUGUUGUCCUCAGAAUCGAUCUUCUGACGGAGAGGAAGGUGAAUCUGACAGAGGUUUUGCUGAGGACAGAGGUAUCAGACCUGACGUGGCAGCAGAUGCUGGGCAGCUCAGCCAAGCUGUUCCCACUGACAGUGCAGCGGGAACUGGAAGGAGAACACUGGAGACAACUAGAGGUUUGUAUUUGAAAGAUGUGGAAGGACCUUCAUUAGAACCUGCCCCCGACAGGUGUGUCCAGCAGGUCUCUGGCUUCUUGGUUGCUGCAGAUGUCCCCUGUGGGGAUGCCGAUAGGAAGGCUGACUUCAGGAUUGAAGGAGACAUUCCCAGAAACGAAAGCUCCGAUAUCGCUCUUGGAGACAGUGACGAUGAAGCAUGUGCUUCAGCCACAUUGGAUCUAAAUCACAGUGGUGACAGGAUUGAAGGGACCUUAGAAGUGGAGCUGCCUCUGCCAAGGUCUCAAAGCAUCAGCAACCCAAAUGUAAGAAACUUUGGCCGCUGUCUCCUGGCGGGUUACUGCCCCUCAUACAUGCCUGAUCUGGUGCUUCAUGGGACCAGCAGUGAUGAGAAGCUGAAGCAGUGCCUGGUGGCUGAUCUUAUCCACACAGUGCAUUGCAUCAUGCAUCUUGAGGACAGACUGCAGGAGAUGUAUCUUAAAAGCAAAAUGCUGUCUGAGUAUCUUCAGGGACAUACACGAGUCCACGUGAAGGAAUUAGGUGUUGUGCUGGGGAUUGAAUCUAACGACCUGUCGCUGCUGAUUGCUGUUGCCAGUAAUCAUUCUCCUUACGUGGCUCAAAUACUCCUAUAAGCUGAAGCUCAGGACAGUUCUUCCUUGGAAUAAGAAAAACAAAGUCUCAACUGAAGAAGAGAGGAAUAAACUCUCUGGGACAUCCAAAGCAUGAGAAGAGCAAACAAAUAGUCAUUCCACCAUUUGUUUUGCAUUGUUACUUUUGAGUGGGUGCUUCAUUGGAAGAGAAGACAGGUUUACUCUAAAUACUGGCAUUUGUGAUUUUCAGGAACACUUUAGGCCUUUGUUACCCAUGAAUCAAUCAGGGGAGAGAGUGGCCUUUCUGGUGGGGGAAAACGUAAGCACUACACUGAACACUCAGCGUUUGGUACUGAUUGCCUUGUGUUGUCGGGCAGAAUAAUGAUGGGUGACUUUGGAGCAGGGAGGUAAACAGUGUAUGUAACAUUCCAGUAGGAAAUGUUUCAGAGUUUAAGUCUAAGCACUGCAAGCUGUAGAGAGCAGAGUACACUAGGCUAAAGUCAGAACAAGGACUUUGGAUUCCAGGUCAGAGUUUGCUUUUUAGAAAAGAAAAGUGAAAUGAAGAAAGCCAUUUUUGGCUGUAGCAGCUGUUUGCCAUAAGAUGUGAAAGAAAACUGCCUAUUGGGAAGAGAGAGAGUGCUUUUGGGGACCUUCUGUUCUCAUUUCUCCUCAGAGUUUACCUUGUUUCAGAUGCAGCCACAGGUAGGUUAGAGAUGGAUUGCUGGUGCAAUACACCCAAGAGUCAAUGUAGCAUCCUAAUCCCAUCAAGAUGUAGUUUGUAGCAGCAAAGCAUAGUUUGACGCCAUAUGUUUUAUCAUUAUGAUUUAGAGUUCUCAGCAGCAUUUUCAAGAGAGGCCAUUUACCAAAGUUAUUUCUAUAAGCUCAAGAGUGUUUCUGUGGGUGAAUUCUUCCAGCCAGAGCCACUUUCUUCCUAGAAUAGUUUAUACAAAUGACUAUUUAUACUUUUAAAGACACUGCUGUCCCCACGAGAAAUGAAACCUGCAAUAAUUCAGGAUGGUCAGUGAAAGCAAUUAGUUUGAACAUUAAGAAAAAGGUUCAUACAUGGCCUAAAUUUUUACAUUAUCAUCUCUGUACCUCUUAAUCCCUAUGUCUUUUCAAAACAUCUUCCCAGAAAUUGACUUGACCAUUUUAUAAAACCUACCAAAGUAAAGAAUUAGUAGUCCAAUUCACUUAAAAAAAAACUUCAAUUGUCUGUUAAUAUUAAAGAAACUUAGUUUACUGACCAUGAAACAUUCUAAGUCCUGACAUCCAGGAUAAAGUAAAACACUUCAAAAAUUUAAAAAAUGACGGUCAAAAGACAGGAGCUAAUGUAAUAAGGCAAAACAUUGUUAGCAUUUCAGCCCUUUCUGUGAAUCUUCUGUUCCUAAGAAUAUGAGGUGACCUCUUUUUUAUGGGUUGGAAUUAGUUCACAUUUUAUGUUUGAUAAAAUCCUGACCCUGUCCAUAA